UUUUUUUUUUGGUUUAUACCUUGAGUAAGAGCGGUAGUGGGAGAAUAAUGGUUUGAAGGAAUAUACUGUGUUAUGAAGCAGAGAGAGAUUCUAUAGAAAGCAGGUUGAAAUAAAUCAAACAGAUAGAUUGCAAAAAAGAUAAGAAUUCAGAAGAGCCCCUAAUGUAAUGAAGGUCUUGUUUUGCAAAAUUUCUUCCUUUCCCAUAUUUUUUUAGAGGAGAUAAAGUGUUUACUUUUUGCUUAAGCUUGUUUUCAAAAGUAUCGUAUCUGUUCAGAAACUAUUUUCUAUAAUUAAUGAAUAACUAAAUAAUGUAAUGAGUGUUUAUUUAAUCGAUCUCUUGCUAGGUUUAUAUUGAACUAAUUUUAUUUAUAUUGUCACAGUGGUUAAGGUUGGGCUCUGAACCAAAAAGUCAGCAGUUCAAAUCCACUAGCUGCUCCUUGGGAACCCUUUGGGGCAGUUCUACUCUGUCCUACAGGGUCACUAUGAGUCAGAAUUGACUCAAGGGCAAUGGGUAUACCCUUCCUACAGAAUACCAAAAACAACAACAACAACAACAAAACCCAAAACCAUUGCUGUCAAGUCGAUUCCUACUCCUAGCGACCCUAUAAUACAGAGUAGAACUGCUCCCUAGGGUUUCCAAUGAGUGUCUGGGAGAUUCCAACUGCCGACCUUUUGGUUAGCAGCUGUAGCUGUUAACCACUGCUGCACCAGGUUUCCUCCCAGUGAAUAUGUAGUUAUAAUUAUUACACUGUUAUAUAUUUUUUUAAAUUUGUAUAAAAUUUUAUUCAUUCUUGUUAACUAUGUCUUAAGAGAUCUUUCUUUUUAAGAAUUUCUUAAGAUACAGUCAGCUAAUGAAGAAAAUUUAAUGUACAACUUUUCAUAACAGUGAAAAAGAAAAAAUAGAUUUGUGAAGGAGGAUGGUUUUGUAUCAGCAAAUAUUAAGUAGCAAAAGUUGCAGUUGCUCAGGAUGACCUGUAAAACAAUAUUAAUUACCUUCUGGUAAUAAUUUUAUUGAAUUAAUGUUUGUGUACAUUAACCAAACAAACAAACAAAAAAAACCCAGUGCCAUUGAGUCAAUUCUGACUUAUAGCGACCCUAUAGGACAGAAUAGAACUGCCCCAUAGAGUUUCCAAGGAGCGCCUGGCAGAUUCGAACUGAUGAACCUUUGGUUAGCAGCCGUAGCACUUAACCACUACGCCACCAAAGUUUCCAUGCACAUUAACAGGAAUGGCCAUAAUAUUGGCAUAUAAAUAUAUAUAAUGAUUAUAAGGUACAUAAAAGGUCAAGCUUUCACAACCUAAUCCUAUACAAGCUCGUGGUUGUGAGGAUCUUUUUAACAUGUUCUAGGCUUUCACAUUGAUAGUUGAGAGGCAAGCAACUUGACUGUAUCAUUGGACAAAAUCUUCUUUCUCUAAAAUUACUUAUUCCGUGAAGACAAACAUUUGAAGUAAAAUGAUCUAUGUGAAAUAUUAUUAUCAACAGUAACCAAAAGUCUCUGUUUGAGGUAGGAGUUGAGUUAAAUUUGCUUCACAAUUUUCGAAGUGUGAUAAUUUCCUGUUAAAAUCUUAAGUGAAACUUUGCUCAGCAUGCGGUUUUUUUUUUUUUUUUUUUCCUUCUAUUUUCAGAUUCCUUUACAUACUCAAAAGCAGUCUGAAAGAAGCAGAUUUUUAAAAUGCCUCUUUAGGAUAACUAAAGGAUAAUUUGAAUUCAUUAUCUUAGUAUCUUUUGAUAUCCCAGUUAUCACUGACUUUUGGUCAUCACAGAUAUACAGCCUUCCCCUUAGAAGCACCACAUGGCCAUCAGGCUGGCAUCAGAUUCUCCGUUGCCUCCAUGGAGACUCACUGCUGAGAUCCUGGGAAUUAUCUUUCUUAAACUAGUGUUCAUAGUGAUUAUCGUAACAGUUCUCAAUUUUCCUGAAAUAUUAAUCCCUUUAAUAAUUACUGCAGCCUUUCUAGCUAUUGGAAUGCUGGAAGUGAACGGAACCCAGAAAGCAUCUCAUUGUGGCCGUUGUCCAGAGGACUGGUUAUCCUAUUCCAACAAUUGCUAUUUUUUUAGUAGUGAUAAAAAAACCUGGACUGAGAGUCAGAUGGCCUGUGCUUCUAAGAAAUCUAAUCUAACUAAUAUAGAUAAUGAAGAAGAAAUGUUGCCUUAGAUUUGACUCUGAUCCACGGAGACCUUACUUACAACAAAACAAACCAUUGUCUGUUCCUGUGCCAUCUUAAUGUUCAUUGGUAUGUCUGAAUCCACUGUGGUCCAUUCAUCUCACUGAAUAUUUCUCUAAUUUUCAUUAGCCCUCUUCUUUAGCAAACGAGAUGUCCUUUUCUAGUAAUUGGUCUUUCCCGAUGACAUGUCUGAAAUAAACAAGCCAAAGUCUCAUCAUUCUUGCUUCUAAAGAGCAUUCUGAUUGUGUUUCUUCUAAGACUGAUUUGUCCAAAAUUGUGCUUUAUUUUCAAGGCUACGCAGUACUCCAUUGUAUGAAUUGACAAUGCUUUAUUUAUAUUUGAUUCCAUUAGUGUAAAAAAUACCAAAAAAAGGUUUAUUUCCCGUUCUUGCUAAUUUAUGAAAAUUAAUGCUUCUAUACCUUUUUUUCUGAAAGUAAACUUUCUUGUUUCUUUUAAACAUAAAAAAUGGAAAUAUAUCAACAUUGUAAAGAUUAAUCACAAAUUAAUACACCUAUGUAAUUCCAAAUCGUGUCAAGAAAUAGAAAAUGCUAGUACCUUCCCCAUUAGCUGUACCCCUGUAUCUGCUUUUACCAGUUCUCCUUCUCAAAGCACUAUGCUGAGUUUUUAAACUUUAUAGAGAUGGAAUCAUAUAAUGUACAUUUUUGAGUCUAUCUCCUUUCACUCACAUAUAUUUGUGCAAUUGAUCCUUAUCGUUGCAGUUUGUUUAUUUCACUGCUCUGUUAUGUAAGUAAACCCACCAAACAAAACAAAAAAACAUAACCAGCUGCCAUGGAUUUGACUCUCUGACUCAUGGAGACCCAUGUGUUUCAGUGUAGAACGAUACUUCAAAGAGUUUUCUGUAGGUAUAAGAAACAGGUUGGCAGACCUAUCUUUCGAGGUGCCUCUGGGUGGAAUUGAACCUCCAACCUUUCCGUUAGUGACUGAGUGCUUAGCCAGUUGUACCACCAGGAACUCCAUUGUUACAUGAAUAAACAUUUUAAAAUCCAUUCUAUGGUGGAUAGAAAUUUAGCUAUUAAGAAAACAUUUAGCUACUAUUUACCUAUUAUGAGUAAUUAUUCUCUAAAUAUCUUUCUGGAUGUCUUUUACCACAUAUUAUCUGGAUGCACAGGAAUAAAAUUGUAGGGUCAUGCAGGGUUACAGGUAUAUGUACAAGUCAGGAUUUUUAAGUUAUCCCAAAAGUUUGCUAGAUCAUAGGACACAUACACAUAUUAUCUAACAGUGUUUGACCUGUCCCUUGAUCCACAUCCUCAUCAAAACUUACUACUAUGAGAAAUUUUAACAGUAGAAGUUUUGAUUGUCAUGAUAUUAAUAGACAUUUUCCAUACUAUUGCUUGACUGAACACAUUUAAUGUGCUGUUAGCCACUAGAAUAUUCUUCGAUGAAAUGCCUAUUCAUGUCUUUUGUCCAUAUUUCCUCUGUGAUUGUCAGUUGUGUUCUCCCAAUAUCUUCUUGAUGUAUAUUGGUCAUGAUUUCUUUUUUGAUUUUAUAACUUUAUAAUAGUUUUAUUUUUCUCCAUGGCUUACAUAUUUACUUCCAUGUUGGAGUCUCUUAAUGAAUAGAUUUAUUAAUAUUAAUAUAGUCCGAUUUCUCAUUUAUAGUGUUAGUGCAUAUGCUGCAGCUCUUUUAGUAACAGACCAAACUUCAAUAUAUAAUCUACUAAAUUAAUUUGAAGGUUUUACAUUUCAUCUUUUUUUAAAAAAUUUUUUCUGAAAAUGCUUAUUUACUAUAUCUAGAUGUAUUGUUAGGUGCUGUCGAGUUGAUUCAACUCAUAGAGACCCUAUGUACAACAGAACGAAAUAUUGACAGGUCCUGUGCCAUCCUCACAAUAUUUGUUAUGCUUGAGUCCAUUGUUGUAGGCAUUGUGUGAAUCCACCUCAGCGAGGGUGUUCCUCUUUUUCUCUGACCCCCUUGCUUACCAAGCAUGUUAUCCUUCUCCAGGCACUGGUCCCUCCUGAUGACAUGUCCAAAGUAUAUGAAACAAAUUCUUGCCAUCCUUGCUUCUAAUGAGCAUUCUGGCUGUACUUCUUCCAAGACAGAUUUGUUUGUUCUUCUGACAUCUGUGGUGUAUCCAAUAUUCCUCUCCAACACCAUAUUCAAAGGCAUCAAUUCUACUUUGCUCUUCCUUAUUCAUUGUCAGAAUUCACAUGCAUAUGAGGCAACUGAAGACACCAUGGCUUGGAUCAAGGGCACCUUAGUCCUUAAAGUGACAUGUUCGCUUUUUAACACUCUUUAAAAGGUCUUUUGCAUGAGAUUUGUCCAGUGCAACGAGCCCUUUGAUUUCCUGACUGCUGCUUCCGUGUGCAUUGACUGUGGAUCCAACUCAAUCUGUUAUCUGUUUAUCAUGAGGUUACUUAUUGGCCCAGUUAUGAUAUAUUCAUCCAGAUGUAUGAUCUAUUGGAAUUUAAUUUUUGUGAUGCUGAUAGAAGUUUUUAUUUUUCUACAACAGUAUCUAAUUGAGUUAGCGUAAUUUAUAGUAAAAAUGAUCACUUAUCCAUUCCUCUCUGUGCCACCUUUGUCCUAAAUCAGGGAUAUUGAUGUACAUUUGUGUGUGUGUGGAUAUGUUCCUGGUCACUUCCAGGUUUCACUUUUUGAUUUUUUCUUCUUGCAUGAGUGUCACAUGGGUAAAAUUACUAAAGUGUUCUAUUAAUUCUUUAUACUCAGUACAGUAGUGUUCUCCUUCAAGAUUUAUCCCCUUCUUCUACCCUUAGCCCUUUAAAUUUCUAUAUAAAUAUUCUCAAAACACAUGCUGUGUCUUUUUUUGUUGUGUUAAAUCGAUAGAUUAAUUGUUGAAAAUUGACAUCUUAAUAAUGUAAUAUCUUAACCUGGUUUUAUCCUCCAUUUGUUUUCUUUUAAUACUCUUGUGGUUUUGUGUACAAGUCUUGAAAGCUUUUUUGUUUGAUUUGGCUCCAGUUACGUUUUAUGUUUAAUUUUCUGCUAUUUCUAAUUUAUCACUCUGAAAAUGAUGUGUAUCCAACACACUUUCUGAGCACACUUAUUAAUUCUAAAAAUUCACCUUUAAAUUCCUUUUGACUUUCUACACACAAAAUUUAAUCAUGUAUGACAUGUGUCAGUUUUAUUCCUUCUGUUAUGAUUUAUAUCUAGCUUACUGUUUUUUGUUUAUUAUACUUGAAAGACUGCCCACUUCAAAAUAGAAGAAAAAAGGUGAUAUUGGACAUCAUAGUCUUAUUCACCUACGUCAGAAUAAGAGCUUUAAUCAUUUCAUCAUAGAGUAUAUAUGUUGUUGGGUUUUUUUGAAGAUAACUCUAUCAGAAUAAGGAAGUUUACUUUUUCUCCCUUUUAAAACCAUUUCUCAAGGUAUAAACCAAAAAAAAAAAAAACCCCUAUAGGGUCGCUAUGAGUCUCAAGUUAUACUUGACAUAAAAUAUAAACUGCACAUAUUUAAAUCAUGUAAUGCCUUAAAUUUUGAUAUAUGUAUAUACCUGUGAAACCAUCACUUUUGGAGAAUGAGUACAACUGUUACCCUCAAAAGUUUCAUUAUGUGUCUUUGUAGUCCCUUCUCCCACCCUUCACCAAUCACCAAUUAUUGACAACGACUGAUCUACUUUCUACUUCUACUUUUUUAGUUGGCAUUUUCUAGAGAUUUUUUAUUUGUGGAUUAUACAUUUUUUCUUAUUUCUUUGUUUAACGUUUAUUUUGUGAUUGAUCCAUGCUGUAGUAUGUUUCAAUAGUUUAUUGUUUUUAUUAAUGAGUAGUAAUUUUAUGGAUAUAUCUCAAUUUUUUUAUCCAUUCAAUUGUUAGUUAACACCUGAUGUGUAUGUCAAGGUGAGGAUUUCAUCUGUUCUUUGUGUGUUAUUUUAUAAGUGAGUCAUACUUCACUUGCAUUCAGCUGCCCGGAUUUUGCACAUACAGUUCAAUGAUUUUGACAAAUGUACGCAUCUAUGUAUGAACACAUAACUCCAAUCAAGACAAUAUUUCCUUCGUCCCAUUAGUACUCACUUUCAGGCUUCUGAUUUCCAACAUCAUAGCAACCAUGCUUGCUGAAAGUGAAGAGGACUUUAAGCACUUACGAAUGAAGAUCAAAGACCACAGCCUUCAGUAUGGAUUGCCCCUCGCCAUAAAGAAAACAAAAAUCCUCACAACUGGGCCAAUGAGCAACAUCAUGAUAAACGGAGAAAAGAUUGAAGUUGUCAAGGAUUUCAUUUUACUUGGAUCCACAAUCAAUAGCCAUGGAAGCAGCAGUCAAGAAAUCAAAACACGCAUUGCAUUGGGUAAAUCUGCUUCAAAGGACCUCUUUAAAAUGUUGAAGAGCAAAGAUGUCAUCCUGAGGACUGAGAUGAGCCUGACCCAAGCCAUGGUAUUUUCAAUUGCAUCAUAUGCAUGUGAAAGCUGGACAAUGAAUAAGGAAGACUGAAGAAGAGAUGACACCUUUGAAUUGUGGUGUGGGCGAAGAAUAUUGAAUAUACCACGAACUGCCAGAAGAAUGAACAAAUCUGUCUUAGAAGAAGUACAACCAGAAUGCUCCUUAGAAGCAAGAAUGGCGAGACUGCGUCUUACAUACUUUGGACAUGUUGUCAGGAGGGAUCAGUCCCUGGAGAAGGACUUCAUGCUUGGCAGAGUACAAGGUCAGUGGAAAAGAGGAAGACCCUCAAUGAGGUGGAUAGACACAAUGGCUGCAACAAUGAGCUCAAGCAUAACAACGAUUGUAAGGAUGGCUCAGGACUGGGCAGUGUUUCGUUCUGUUGUGCUUAGGGUCGCUAUGAGUCGGAACUGACUCGACGGCA